AUGGCCUCCUCAAGAAUCUUUGUCAAGGGCUUGCCACCCAACAUUACCGAGGCUGACUUUCGGAAACACUUCUCCGCCAAGGGUCGCGAAAUUACCGAUGUCAAGCUGAUCCCCCAGCGCCGCAUUGGCUAUGUGGGCUACAAGACGCCCGAUGAUGCCACCAAGGCAGUAAAGUACUUUAAUAAGUCUUACAUUCGGAUGUCCAAGAUUGCUGUCGAGACAGCGAAACCCAUCUCAGACCCCGCCUUGACGAGAGGCCAGAACCAGUCGCAUUCCAGCUAUGGUGCGGCAGGCAGCAUACCCAGGGGCUCAGAUCAACCAGCUGAGGAUGAGUCGAGUUCCAAGAAACGGAAGCGAGACGAGCCGGACGCCUCCGACCCGAAGCUGCGCGAGUUCCUUCAAGUCAUGAAGAGAGGUCGCGAGAGUGCGAUGGAAGACAUGUCAAACACAAACCUUGGUGGCGACCUGCCCGCUGUUCCCGCAGCUGCUGUUCCUGAGGAGGAGAGUGACGACGAGUACGAACAAAUCCCAGCCUCCAGGGGGAAGCAGCGCAGGAUAGAUCCACCGCAGAAGGACCAGGCCUCGGACUCUCCACCAGCUCAGCUGAUGGAGAUAGACACACCCUCUGCCAGCCAGGUACCAGCCUCUGACGAGACUGCUGAGCCUUCGGAGGCGAAACAGGCGAAUCUGGAACAGCCGGGACUCGGCGCAACAGAUGACGAUUGGCUACGGUCGCGGACAAACCGGCUGUUGGACCUCGUUGAUCCCAAUGAUUUGGAACGAAUUCCUGUCCAAGCCACCACUACCACUGCUCCUGAGACAAAGGGGGGUGAUGUCGACAACACUGUCCUCCCGAGCCCGCCAUCCAGGGUGGAUGUGGCGGUUGGCCAAGCUGCUCCUGAGAAGGAGGCGGGUGAACCAACGAGUGAUGACCCCCUGGAGGCGAUUCGCCGAACGUCUCGGCUCUUCGUGCGGAACCUUUCCUACACUACGACGGAAAACGACCUUCGCGAGAGCUUUCAGAAGUUCGGAACACUUGAAGAGGUUCAUUUGCCCGUCGCUGGCUCAGGGGCGAGCAAGGGGUUCGCCCUGAUCCUCUUCGCGGACCCAGCCCAGGCGGUUGAAGCAUUCCAAGCCAUGGACGGGGCAACGUUUCAGGGGCGAAUUGUCCACAUCAUUCCUGCCAGUGCAAAGAGAGACACUGGCUUGGAUGACUUCGCAAUCUCAAAACUUCCUCUGAAGAAGCAAAACAUGAUCAAGAGGAAGGCCGAGGCCGCCGCUAGUACCUUUAACUGGAAUGCGCUCUACAUGAACCAGGAUGCAGUCAACGCUUCCGUUGCUGAGCGUCUUGGUGUUUCAAAAUCUGAGCUGCUCGAUCCUACCUCUGCCGACGCCGCUGUCAAACAGGCUGUGGCAGAGACGAGCGUCAUCCAAGAGACCAAAGCGUAUUUCGCCGCUAACGGUGUGGACCUGGAAGCUUUCAAGUCUCACAAGCGGGGCGAUACUGCCAUCCUGGUGAAGAACUUCCCGUAUGGCACGACGAUCGACGAACUCAGGAAACUCUUCGAGGAGUCUGGGCCUGUGCUGAGGGUCCUCAUGCCCCCAAGUGGAACAAUCGCCAUUGUCCAUUUUGCUCAGCCGGGCCAUGCCAAAUCCGCUUUUGGAAAGCUGGCGUAUCGCCGGAUCAAAGAUAGCGUGCUCUUUUUGGAGAAAGCGCCAAGGGAUCUCUUCAAAGGUGACCUAACUGAUCAUGUCGUGGCGCUAAAAGAUCGGCCGACCACGGUUCAAAAGUUAAGUGUCAACGAGCUACUGACACGCGGCGAUAAGCCGGAGGAGGAUGUGGAAACAACCUCGCUGUUUGUCCGAAAUUUAAACUUCACUACGACGACGAUUAAGUUGGCAGAAACUUUUCAAUCGCUGGACGGCUUCGUUUCGGCUAGAGUUAAGACCAAGAUGGAUGCUAAGAAACCAGGCCAAACGCUGAGCAUGGGGUUCGGCUUUGUGGAGUUCCGCACGAAGGAACAAGCUCAGGCGGCACUCAAAGUCAUGGACGGCUCUGUCUUGGAGGCUCACACCCUCGCCGUCAAGGCAUCUCACAAGGGUCACGACGCUGCCGAGGAGCGGCGACGGGAGGACAAGGCCAAGAAGGCAGCAGGGCAGAGGACGAAGAUCAUCAUCAAGAACUUGCCCUUCCAGACUACCAAAAAGGACAUCCGAACGCUAUUCGGGACCUACGGCCAGCUGAGAUCCGUGCGCCUUCCCAAAAAGGCAGACUAUACCCCAAGGGGUUUUGCAUUUGCAGAAUUCGUCACUCCCCGAGAAGCCGAGAACGCACUAAAUGCGCUUCGGGACACCCAUCUUCUUGGCCGUAAGCUGGUCCUGGACUUUGCAGAGGCAGAGGCAGUUGAUGCCGAGGAGGAGAUUGCAAAGAUGCAGAGGAAAGUAGGAGGCCAAGUCAACAAGGUAGCCCUUCAACAGUUGACUGGGAAGGGGAGGACGAGGGUCAAUAUUGGAAACGAGGAUGAACUGGACGCUUGA